AAGGAGCGACUAUUUCCGCCUUUCGCUACAUACGGAAAAGUGAACUUUGUUGUCAUGUCUGAGUGUGUAGAAAUUAUUGAAACAAUUUGACAUGGAUUAACAACAGCACGAGGAUACCCUGUUUCAUUCAUAUUGUAGCCAAGACGGGCUAGAUCCAAACACUUCGCUGGCAAAAUGACCUACCACUGGCAGAGUCGCAAUGUCAAGACCAGUGGAGUUGAUGACAUGGUCCUCCUACAGAAGAUCUCCGAGUCAGCCAUUGUUGACAACCUCAAGAAGAGGUUCAUGGAGGACUGUAUAUAUACAUACAUUGGUCCUGUGUUGGUGUCCGUGAACCCAUUCAAACAGCUCAACAUCUUCACUGAAAGACACAUAGAACAGUACCAGGGAGCGGCCCAGUAUGAGAACCCCCCUCAUGUGUACGCCCUCACAGACAACAUGUAUCGGAACAUGCUGAUAGAGAUGGAGAACCAGUGUGUCAUUAUCAGUGGUGAGAGUGGAGCAGGCAAGACCGUGGCAGCAAAGUUCAUCAUGAGUUACAUAGCUAAAGUUUCUGGAGGCGGAACCAGAGUACAGCAUGUAAAAGACGUCAUUUUGGAAUCCAACCCAUUACUAGAAGCAUUUGGAAAUGCCAAGACUGUUCGCAACAACAAUUCAAGUAGAUUCGGCAAAUAUGUUGAAAUCCAGUUCAGUCGAGGAGGUGAGCCCGAUGGUGGGAAAAUCUCCAACUUCCUGCUGGAAAAGUCUCGAGUAGUUUCCCAAAACCCAAGUGAGCGAGGAUUUCAUAUAUUCUAUCAGCUAUGUGCUGGGGCCACAGCUCAGCUCAAAGACAACUUAGGUAUAACAAGUCCCGACUACUACUACUACUUGAACCAGAGUGGCACCUACAAGGUGGACGGCAUGGACGACGUCCAGGAGUUCCAGGACACUCUGCGAGCUAUGCAGGUGAUUGGUAUUCCUGAAGACGUACAGAACGACGUUCUCUCCAUUGUGGCUGGCAUUCUACAUCUAGGCAACAUCAGCUUCCAAGAGGAAGGCAACUAUGCCGGCAUAGCCAAUGAUGAUUUCCUGGCUUUCCCGGCUUUUCUACUGGGCAUUGAUGGCGAGCUACUUCGCACCAAGCUGACCGGGCGUGUCAUGGACAGCAAAUGGGGAGGCAAGACGGAGAGUAUUGAAAUGAAACUUAACAAGGAACAGGCCGAGUUCACCAGAGAUGCUCUUGCCAAGGCCAUCUACACACGUGUUUUCGACUAUCUGGUAGCGUCGGUCAACUGUGCUAUGCAGAAGGAGACAGAGGAAGUCAACAUUGGGAUUCUUGAUAUAUACGGGUUCGAAAUCUUUGCCAAGAAUGGAUUUGAGCAGUUCUGUAUAAACUAUGUCAACGAGAAACUACAGCAGAUCUUCAUAGAGCUCACCCUGAAGGCAGAGCAGGAGGAAUACGUACAGGAGGGCAUCAAGUGGACAGCCAUUGACUACUUCAACAACAAGAUCGUGUGUGACGUGAUCGAGUCCAAGAGUCCCCCAGGAAUCAUGUGUGUGGUGGAUGACAUCUGUGCCACCAUGCAUGCCGUGUCGGAGGGGGCUGAUCAGAAACUGCUCAUGAAACUGCAAGGUGCUGUAGGAUCUCACGAGCACUAUCAGGGAUCUAACACAGGGUUCAUCAUACACCACUAUGCUGGCAAGGUGUCCUACGAGGCAGAAGGAUUUUGUGAAAGGAAUCGUGAUGUUUUAUUCACUGAUCUCAUUCAGCUGAUGCAGUCAAGUCAAAAUGCAUUUAUUGCAAGUCUAUUUCCUGAGAAUGUCAGUUCCCAAACCAAGAGUCGUCCUACCACAGCCAGCAGCAAGAUCCGAACUCAGGCCAAUAAACUAGUGACAACAUUAAUGAAGUGUACGCCUCACUACAUCCGAUGUAUCAAGCCAAACGAAACAAAGAAAGCCAGAGACUGGGAGGAAAGCAGAGUUAAACAUCAAGUGGAAUACCUGGGCUUAAAGGAAAACAUCCGGGUCCGAAGAGCUGGCUUUGCCUUCAGGAGAGAGUUCCCCAAAUUCAUCAAGAGAUACAACAUCCUGACACCGGAGACCUACCCGUCAUGGCGAGGAGAUCCACGUCAGGGCAUCACACACCUCAUGAACUCCGUCAACAUGGACCGAGACCAGUUUCAGAUGGGGAAGACUAAAGUGUUCAUCAAAAACCCAGAAUCGCUCUUUCUCCUGGAGGAGGUGAGAGAGAGGAAGUAUGAUAGCUUCGCCAGGGUUAUUCAGAAAGCAUACCGCAAACACUACGCCGUCAAACAGUAUCUCAAACUCAGGGAAGAAGCGUCUGAUAUUGUAUUGAACAAGAAGGAGAGACGAAGGUACAGUCUCAACAGGAACUUUGUCGGGGACUACAUUGGACUCGAGGACUCCCCUGAACUACGGGCCCUGGUUGGCAAGCGAGAGAGAAUAGAAUUUGCUCACCAAGUAUUGAAGUAUGAUAGAAGGUUUAAGAGUGUGAAGAGAGACCUGCUUCUCACCACCAAGAACUUGUACCUGAUAGGGUUAGAAACAGUGAAGAAGGGGCCAGACAAGGGGAGGAAGGUGUUGGUGAAGAAGCGAGAACUGCCGAUAGAAGCAAUCUCCGGGGUAUCUCUCAGCACGAUGCAGGACGACUUCUUCAUCCUCCACAUCCAGGGGGACUACAGCAGCCUGUUGGAGUCAGUGUUCAAGACAGAGUUCCUCACCGUUCUCUCCAAGCGAUACAAGGACAAAACUAGCAGAGCCCUGCAACCCCAGUUCAGUGACAGCUUGGAUUUUCCAGUGAAGAAAGAAGGCUGGGGUGGCGGUGGAAAUAGAUCUGUGCGCUUUGUUCGAGGUCAGGGUGAUGAAGCUGUCCUCAAGCCAUCCUCCAAGGUGCUGACAGUCAGUAUUGGACAGGGACUUCCUCGGGACUCUCGUCCCGGUAGGAAGCAACGUGUGAGUAAUGGCAACCCACGGCGUCCUGCCCCCUCACACCUUCCCCCACCAACAGGUGUGGCGUCGCGACGAGGCCCCGCCCCUGGUAGACCUGCUCCACGUGCCCCCCACGGGACGGCCCCACCACCUCCCACAUCCACGCCGCCAUCUAGGAAUCAAGUAAAACGUCAGUCUAGCACUGAUAUCCAGCAGAAGAUAUUGAGUCAGAGGUCCAACUCAUCCGACAAGGCGCCAUCAUUGCCCCGGGACGGAGCUCAACACCUGGCCAAGAAUCUCAAGCAGGCCAACAACAACAACAAUGACUUCCUUGCCACACCUGAUGCAGGGAUUGCUGGGCGAACUACUAAGUUGAGUCAGGAGAAUAGGAAAAAUGAGAUCUUGCGCAGCAAUCAAAGGAAGAGUAAGGCCAAGCCCAACCCUGGUGGAGGCCGCCCCCGCCCGAAGCCCAAUCUGAAGCCCAAGCCCACGCUGCCUCAGUGCAAGUGUCUGUACGCCUACGACGCUCAGGACACGGAUGAGCUCAGCUUCAAUGAGGGAGAUGUCAUAGAACUUGUCAAGGAAGACCCUGCUGGCUGGUGGCAUGGCAAGCUGAGGGGGAAGGAAGGCCUGUUUCCGGCCAACUAUGUAGAGAAGCUGUAACUACACAACAGAUGAAUAGACAGGUUCAUAUACAGAACAGACUGACGGAUGAACAGGUCCAUCUACUGCUACACAACAGACUGACGGAUGAACAGGUCCAUCUACUGCUACAUAACAGACUGACGGAUGAACAGGUCCAUCUACUGCUACAGAACAGACGGUCGGAUGAACAGGUCCAUCUACUGCUACAGACCAGACGGUCGGAUGAACAGGUCCAUCUACUACUACACACCAACUGGAGAACCACCCCUUUCAGACCAGGUGUGACUCCAUGUGCUGAUCCUGCUAGACAAUUCUGGUUAAGGUUCAGUGUAUACACAUUUGCUCUUGAAGGGGUGGGGGUAGCCUGGUGGUUAAUGUGUUGGCUCUCCGGGCCAAGGGCCUGUCAUCAGUUCUCAUCAUGGGUGCAGUGUGUGAAGCCACAUCAUGACAUGGCUGGAAUACACUCACAGUGGCACUUUGUCUGCUGUUGCUUACAUACAGCACCAGGGGGUCUCUUUAAUAAGUGUGAUAGCCGCUUCGGGUGCUUAAAGAAAUUUUCAAGGAUGGGUUCAUGUCGAAGGCGUAAAUUAACCUUUCAGUGUUUGAAGUAUGGUGCUCUUGUCCCAACCCAACAGAUUUAAUGUUUCCCUAUAUUUAUAUACAGGAUGAAAAAUAUCAAGGGCCCCAAAAUCAAAGAGCCUGUUCUACAUUGUUAACAAGAUUAAGCUUUUGACGACAUCAUUAUAAUAAAGAAAUGACAAAAUCUACCAUUGGGAAGGGAAUCUCUACACUCUAUUUUCAUAAUGUAUGGGACUUCUGUGUGUUUCAAGGCAGCUUGACCAGAUUGUAUUUAAAAGAUAGGUACCAAGGACGGGCAGUUAACAAUGACUGGAAUAUGCUACUCAAAAGAUGUUAAAAGAACACCAAUUUUUUUUUUCAUUUUACUAUUGUUGAUAUGUCAGGAUAUGACAGAUAAACUAGCUAUGAAAAAGUUGGGUGUAUAUUUAAAAUAAACAUGUUGGGAAUGCUUAUUUGAAUAGGGCACUUAUUACGGAAUGUGGGAGGGCUUAAUACUUUAGGAAUGUUUAUGGACUUUUAUUCCAUGAGAAAACAUUGAUAGUAUGAAGAGCCUUUUUGCAGGUUUAAGGAAUUUGUUUCUUUGAAAAGUAUGUAAUGACUGAGAUGUUAUAACGUUGGUGAAUAGCCUGAUCAUUGUCAGUUGACAUUCAUGAUCCUGUUCAUAUUAGGCUGUAAAAAUAAAAGAAAAUGUUCUCAGGCAAUGGCUUUUGAAGAUGUUGUGCGGGUGGUGUGUGGGUUUUUUUAGGGUUGGAUGGGUGGUUGUUCAAGCUCGUAUGUUACCAAAUUUUGUUUACAUUAAUUUGGCAAAAAUUUGUCCUUAAGUAUUGUGGCAUUUCCCUUCCGGGGUCAUGUGUUCAAGACGCUGAGCAUUUACAGAUUGUUUUCAAAAAAUUAAAUUGGAAAUAACAAUAAAACGUGUGGCAGACUUUAUGAUAAUGUGGGCGGUGCCUGAGAUUCAAGACUAUUAUUUUUUUUAGUCUUAUUGACUCCUUAUAGGAUUGUGUUCAAAUUAAAAUUUAACGUUGCAUCAGCAUUAUUUCAGCCAUGUAGCGAUGAGUUGUGUAGGAUUGAAAUAGUUAGUAUGCUGUACCAGUUCUGGGAUGUUGGUUCACAUGAGAGUGUUCCCAUUACUUCUAACGACACUGGUUUGACUUCCCUUCAUGGGCAUUCAACACUUGGUGCCCCUGUCUUUGUUGGUCAGGGAAGAUUUGUGAAAUUUGUGCUAGUCAUUAUGUGAAUGUAUCAUUGCUCACCAAUUGGCUAUGGUCAGUUUGAAAAAGGAAUUACUAGAUUCAGUGGAAUCUGUCACAACCAGACUUAGGAUCACUGGCAAUGGUGGACUAUGGAAUGAACUUUUGUAUAGUUUUAAGUAAAUAUUGUCUUUGUUAAGGUGUGUUCAUAUUCUGACAGAAUGGCAUUAAACGACUGUGAAAAUAACACUUAUCCUGACCGUAGCAAACGAAACUUAACUUUUGGUCACAUACGAUCUGGUUUAGACAGAUUCCACUGUAAGUAUGCACGAUGUUAUCUGCAGUGAAUUAUAUGACAAUUAUGUUUGUUACAUUUGAUAAUAGCUUGUUUUUCACUGAAACAAAUAUCUUAAGUUUUACUGAUAGCCAUCCUGACCUUGGGUUCACAAUUACCUCUGAAGACAAUUGCUGUUAUCUUCUUGCAUAGGUGUUGAUGCAGUGAAAGAAGUGGAGGCAUCUCUGUUUACAGAUAAUUAACAUAGUAACCAUGGUAACUCAAAGGUAGAAAUAACAUUGAAAAUAAAAAUAGCAUAGAUAACUAGAUCCUCAUCUUGAGAGACCCUUGUCCUUUGAACAUAGCACUUGGUGACGAUCUUUCAGGCAUGUCAUGUCUGUGGUUUGAUUAACGUAUGUUACAUGGUGAUAAUGAUCAGUAUUAUGUUGCAAAUACAUAUUGAUUCAAUCUGCAGGUUCAUGGGAUAUUUGAUGUCUGGUACAAAGUUCUCUCGAGCCCAGGAUAAACACCACUCACCCCCGCUUGAUAUUUACCAGGUCAAACAAUGAUAUAGAAACGCAACAGGUAGAUACCAUAGGCUGAAUGACUGUGGUCUAGUGUCAAUAAUGAACCUGCCUCUUACGAUUACUGUAUGUGUCUUGCUGUGCUGAUUUCAAGGCUCGUUCACACAAAUUACUGCUAGUUCAUCAAAUAUAUAUGCAGAUAGAUUUGUGCACGAAACCUUUUGUUUUGAAAGCAGAAUUACUUUAGGAAUAGAUUUUAUUCAUUCAUAUUUACAAACAAUGUUUGUGUGUGAUAUCUGAAAAUAAUGAAAAUCAGACGAUCUCAAUAUUAAUUUCUUGAAAGGGUGAUAAUUUGUUUCCACCAAGUAUUACAUAGAUAAUACAAAUAUUAUCUUAUACAAAUGUAACAGACAAUAUUCCCAUUAGUGGAUAAUGACACAACUUGGCGAGAAGUCAUAUAGACUGGAUCAGAAGUCCCUAACUUCAAAAGUCUAUCUGAUUUCCUUUAGUCCAACUCAGGCCAGGGUCAGUUCAAGGGAAGCAACUCUUACUGAUCUCUAUGACAAGGUGAUAACUUAUGGACAGGAAGAGAUGCUCUGUGAUGUUAUAUACACUUGGUUGAUAUUUGUGUGUUGAACAUGUGUUCUAUUUUAACAGAAACACUGCAUAUUUAUGAUCAUUUUAUAGAUAAUUACUUCUAUAUUCUGACUAUCCAUCCAUAUUUUUGUGCCUUGGAAUAUUAGAUGGGUCAUGCUCUGUACAUUUUGUUUUGGAGACUAUGUAAGUUAGAUAUCCUAUUUCAGAUAUAUUUUAUACAAAACAAGUCUGUUCCGCCCAUACAACACACUGUAUAUUGAAAUGUGGUUGAACAUAUUUUUGGACAGUGUUUUCAAGAGACGGUUAAUUUCAUAUUCACAUUCACAUGUUAAUAUACAAUAUUGAAUGUGUUGACUGUGCCUUCAAAUGUUGCGAUUACAUUUUAACAGUAGGACGAUUUUUGCAUUACUCUGAGAUAGGGGUGUCAAUGAUUGGAGUGUCAAUAUAUCUUCUGCAAGUAUCACAAUAUUUUGAUUAUUAACAAAAAUAGAUAUUCUGUAUAUGUAGCAAAAAAAUUUCUCUCUCGUCCUACAAUUAAUCAACUUGAUGCUAUAUAUGAACUAGGCUGAUUCUUUAAAUGUUUAUUAUUGAAUUUUCUGCUUUCUUGUAAUUCAUCUAACCAUGGUAAUCUUAAUAUUUGUAAACAUUUUUGUGGCUUUGAAUUAUUAUUUAGUAUCGAUAUUCAUAAAAUUGUAUCCAUAAAGUAUCGACAUUAAACUUGUAUCCAUACAUCGAUAUUGUGAUAUCCGAUGACAUCCCUACUCUGAGGACAAAACAUGACAUGGAAACAUAUCUGGGAAGAGAUUAACCAUAUGCAGUGGACAUCCUGAUCAAGGGGAGACAAUCAUACCAUAUAGUAAGAAAUGUUUCGUAUAGUUUCAUGAAUAUUCAUGUAUUCAGUGCAUGUACAAUCUCAGCUACAGACUCUCUCUGCCAUGUUACCCUCAGUCAGUACUCAACACGUACCUGUCUGUAUUCAUUCUUAAGUCAUACUGGAAGUAGAAAUAUGAGAUAUCAAGUAAGAAAUGAACAGCUGAUUCUCUGUAGGUAGGUGUAUACUCCCAAUCUGAUGCAUUUGAUGUCUGAAAUGAAAGCAAUAAACUGGCUAGUGUUUACAAUCGCCUGUAAAUGUUGUUUUUUAUAUACAGUGUAUGAUGAAUAUAAUUAGUAAAUCUAAGUUUAUUUUGUACAAAAUAUAUGAUCUAUGUUAGUAGAUAUUUCAUAUGUAUAUACCUUCCUGUGUAUAUAUGCAUUUAUUUUGUUGUUAUUGCCUUAUUCUCAUGAUCACGAGGUAAAUUGUCUUUUCAAAGCCCAGGGACUGUUUAUGAUACCUCUUACUGAUGAUUCCCAAAUACUGUUGUUUGCAGUAAAUGUACGACAGCAGGAUGUCAUUAUUUUUUCUAUGUAUGUUUUGUAAUACUGUAUGUGAUAAAAUUGAAUCCUAAUUCAUGAAAACAGGGUUACUGUGCUAAUAUAUAUUUCUAUAUAGAUCUGAAAUAAUCAUUGAACACAAAUUUUUACAAUUCAUAAGUUAGAAAAUUCACCCUUCACAAAUACUUUUAAACAAUUUGUAGCUGGGUCUGGUUUAGUGUCAAUAAGAUAGCUGGCUACACAGAUAACAGACAAUAUAGAAGUGAAAUGUAGUCUUGCAUGGUGUCAUGUGACCUUAAAACCGUUUGGCCUUUAUGAAUUUAUUAUUAUAUUUUUUACAUAUGAAUUAAAUCCCUAUGUCUCUCUUCAUAAUAAAGAUCAGCAUUUCAGGUCUUGUUUAAGUUGCUAUUGUGAGUUUAAUGUUAACCCUUUAGAGACAAUUUUGAAAACUGAAAAAUCCCUGGGCCAUUUUUCACAAAGUGAUCUCAGCAUUAAUACUCUCGUAACUGCAGUACUUUAACAGAGAUUUACGACAAUCGUAGUGCUGAGAUUGCUUUGUGGAAUGGGGUCCUGAUGCAUUAACACUACAUAGUGCUAACUACUUCAUGUAUGUUCUGGUAUAUAGACAACAUGUCCCAUAUGAAUACAAGUUAUAAUGACCCAAAUAUACAUGAUAGGUACCUCCUUCUUACGUGCUUGAAAUAACAGGGUAAUGGUCAUAAUUUUUUUUUUUUUCUUGUCUUCAGAUAAAUUAUAUAUAAGAAGUGGUUUGUCUAAAGUUUGAUGUCUCAAACAUGGGGUUCAUAUGUAGACUUGGUUAGUUUCCUCUUAGAAUAAUGUUGGUAUUACCAUCCUGAAGACACACGGUUUUGUCAGUUUCAUUCACAUCGUUACUAGAAAGGAUUCACAACUAUUCUGUCCUGGAAAAGAGGAAAUGCAAGUGUUAGCAAUAAGUGUGAAGUCCUGCAUACCACAACAGUGUCCGCAGAUGCUGCAAAGUAGUAUAUGACACAUUUCUUUCUUUUUGUCAGCAGGAUUUGUUAGAUGAAAUACAGAAUGAGAAUUGCUUUUAAUUUUGUCAUUUCUAUUGCUUUAGAUUGGAUUUGUUUUAGAUGGGGUUUGCUUUGUAUAGUUUGUUUGCUGAAAUUAAUCUAUUACCUGACCAUGACUUCCUUCAUCUUCCCGAGGCAAGAGAGUAAACCGACUACAAAAGUCCAGUUUCCACCCUUGCCGAACUAGGCUUGUAUUAUGGAGUUACAUUUUGGCUGGACUAACAAGUCUAUGCAUAGUCAAAUCCAAAUCGUGCACCGAAAUCGCAAUCCGGUUCGUAAACUCUCAUGCAGAUUCCUUUAGGGUUUGAGUUAAUAUCAAAAUUAUGCCCACCUCACUUAAUGAAGUGACAAUUACAGAUAGUAGUCAAUAAAUAAAUUAAUAUGAAAAUAUCUUGGAAGUCCAUAGUACAUCCUGAAGACAGAACUAUAAAGAAAAGGUAUGCAAAAUUUGUGUAAAAUUGUAUAUUGAUGAAUGAUUCUUGUCCCUUGAAUUUAUUGUUUGUAUAGAACACUGGGCAUGUUAUUACCCAUAUUGACGACAUUAUGUAAACAUUAUAACUGUUACCGACCAUGAUCACGUUCAUGUUGUAUAUUAUAGCUUCAAUUCUUUAUACAUAUGUGUAUAUGCUUGGCUUGGACUAUUUAAACCAUGUACACCUGUUAAGCCUUAUUUUGAUAUCAUUCUAUAUUAUCUUCAUUAUGCAUUCCCAUUUUCAAUAAACAUCAACAGCAA